AUGCCGAUCGGAGACCUCUUGGCUCAGAUUACUGGCGACCAGUCGACUGCCGGCUCGGCCCGAACACCAACGCUCCCACGAGGGAGCCAAGUGCCGACGAAGCGCAAACCCGACGAUGACUUGCGUGGGAAUGCCGCCAAGGCGGUUCGCCACGUCCCGCCUUCGCAAAGACCGAGCCAAGGCUCGCGCCCAACAAGCGACAAGCCCAGCCCAUCGCAACGACCGGCCACGAACGACUUGAAAGUCGGCGUGGUCGACAGAAGCAAGCCGACAAACGCAGCUUCGAAGCCGGUCAAGCCCCUGGGCUCCGGGGCCCGACCAACGGUAAACAAAGCACCGGCGCCAGCCCCGGCGGCCCCGAGGGUACCACCAAAGAAGGGAUCCUUUGCUGAGAUCCUCGCGCGGGGCCAACGGGCUCAGGCCGUAAUGGGUCAGGUCGGCAAGAUCCAGCACAAGAAGGUUGAAAAGGGAGCAGCGCGGAGCAAGGAUGAUGCGAAGGCUGCACCACCUGUCAAAAGUCAACCCGCGCAAGCCAAGAGCAAGCCAGCGACUGGGUACUCUGGGACGUCGAAGGCCGCGCCUCGAAACGGCGUGAAUGGUCACGGUACGGCUGGAAAGAAGGACUCCCGUAACACUCCGCCUGCCCGACCAAAGGCCGGAACUUCUCGACGUGAAGCGGAAGAAGAAGCCGCCAAGAAGGUCAAGAAGGCCGCCCUCGUCAACACCGGCUACUCCGGCACCGCGCGGCCUAAGCCCGCGGAGACGGGUCACCGCAAGAAGGAGACGCCUCGCGGUGGAGCGCUGCUCAACGCGCCCAUGUCCCGUGGCUCCUCGAAGCGGUCACGCUACGAAGAGGAUUACGACGAGGAGUUGGACGACUUUAUCGAGUACGACGACGAGGAAGACGAGGGCCCGAGAUACGGCUACGAGUCCGACGGUUCGUCUGACAUGGAGGCCGGCCUGGACGAGCUCGACGUUGAAGAACGCCGGGCCGAGUACCUCGCUCGAAAGGAAGACAUCGAGGAGGAGCGCCUUGAGAAGACCCUCAAGGCGGCCAAGGAGGAUCGCAAGCGCAAGGCUAUGGAGCAGCUGCGAGCGCGCCGCCGCUGA